GCAAAAAUCGAACAGGAGGAAUUCAACAUGGCGGCGUACUGAGAACUGCAUUUCACGAUGAUGUGCCAGAAAUUGAACGAUUUUCUUAUCAUUUGCAGAAAACACCAGACGAAAUAUUGAUCAUUUCAAGAAUGGAGUCGAUAAGUGACAGAGAGCUGAGGCUUGGUUUUAAGCCUCAGCACGAAGUUGUGUAUAAUAAACUUCUUCCAUAUGCCGACGACAUUGACGAUGAAUCGAACAAGCUGCUAGCGGAAAUCAAGGGAAACUUGGCCCGUACCGUCCUCCUGCGAGAACUGCGGCCUGGUGCGCUGUACUGGGUUGCCCGGUUGAACACGUACAUGACGCUGUAUGGCCACAAGUUUUCUAAGGAGGACCACAUCUUCUUGAUCAAGCUGCUGUAUGAACUUAUUAUUAUUCCUGACCUAGAGCUGGCCCUGAUUGACAAGUUUUCUGCCAACUUCUGUAGACUUCUCAGAAAGCGUAAGUUACUUUCCCGAGAUGAUUUGGUGCUACAAUGGAGACCUUUGUACGAAUUGGUGGAGCGGGUAUUGUGCUCUCAGUAUGAGGAUCUUGGUCUGGCUUGGUUUCCCAGGACCAUAGAAGCAAACGUGAAGAAUGUAGUGAGAGUUGCGAGGCAAUAUUUCCCAGUGGAGAGUACCCAGGAGAUGCUGGAUGAGUGGCGACCAUUGCUCUGUCCAUUUGAUGAGUCCAUGAAUAAAGGCAUUGCUUACCUGGAGCUGUUCCUGCCUACUCUCUUACCACCAGAACAACACCAGUUUGGUUUCAAGUUGUGGUUGGAUGAGCUUCUUGGCAUAUGGGACUCGCCACACAACGGCAUGACUUGGGAAGAGAAACUGGUUGAGCUGUUUUCAAGGGUGGCCAACAACAACAUUGGAUACAUCGAUUGGGAGCCUUAUAUGGCAAAGAUCUUUACUCGCUUUAUGCGCGGAUUGAACCUUCCUGUCGGAGCAAAGAAACUGCCGGCCACCUGUCCCAUCAAAGGAUUCGAAGUUGGAGUCACCGCAACUUGGAUUGUUGCCAUGAUGGGUAACACCAAGCUGUGUCAGGAGCACCUGUCCAACUUCUUCAAUGCUGUGGAGUCCUAUUUCCAUCCCUCCAACAUCGGCAAAUACACACUGAAAUUGCAACCGAUCCUGUCUCAUCUACCAUCUGCUUUCAUAAAAAGAUUACGCAGGGAGCGGUACAAGAAACCAACCUGGGUCCAUCCCAUCCCUGACUCCCACAAGCUCAGUGAUGAUGACAUCACUGCCUUUGUGGAGUGUCUCAAGCCGUCCGUGUUCCUAGCCAUGUACAGCAAAAUCGGCAGUAUGGAAGCAGCCAGUGCACUACAACACAUGGCCCGGGUCAGGCCCGAGCUCGUCAUACCCCAACUGUUAGAAAAGACCUACACUGCCCUGGAUACCUUGACGGAACCCCAUCAGCUCAUUGCCACAGUCAGCUGCGUAGUCUCUGUAUCUAGGAGUCUCUUGAGGAGCAGCAAGUGGUACUCAGAGGGACGUAGCCACGUGCUCCCUCUGCUUAAUGCAAUGCUUCCUGGCAUUGACCCAAAUGACUUUGCCAAGUGCAUGAUCACAUUCCAGACCAUCUCAACCUUCAUCUCCCUUGUCCCCCUGGUGGACUGCUCGGAGGCCCCAUUAGUCAGGGAUGACCUGACUGAACAGGAGCGGGAGCUGUGCUCAGCAACCGCCGGCUUUGAAGAUUUCAUCCUGACCUUCAUGGAUCGGUGCUUCAGCCUGAUAGAUAACAGCACCAUGGAGCACAUCCGAUCACAAGACAGUAAUCCUAACAGGGCCAACCAGCAAGAGAACCUGUUUGAUAUGGGAUUAACUUCAACCUUCAGUACCAUCAUGACACAGUGCUCACCACAAUUAUACAAGGUUGCACUGGAUAGGCUGUUCUCCUUUGUUGCUAACAAAGUACUAGAGACAAAAGUAGCUGGCAAGAUGGUUGCACACAUGUGUCGGUCAGCAACAAAGGCCAAUGCCAAGAUGGCUCUGCGUAAGUUCAUCCCUCACUGUAGUGGCAUCAUCCUCAACUUGACGGCCUCUGAGGAGGUCCAGUUAGAAGAACAUCUGGAUGGAGAACUACUCUUUAAUCUUCAGAUUCUGUCCGAGAUCGUUCAGUGCCCCAGCCACGACCUUCUGGAGUACCAGUCUACACUGGUGUCUGUCCUACAAUCCACCCUCCAUCUGACCUGUAAGGAAGGUUAUGGCUUUGCCUGUACCCUCCUGAAACACACCCUCAAAGCCUGCUGUAUGAUCUACCCAUUGGAAUACUGCAGCGUACCCGGUGGACUCGAUAGACCGCUCAAUGAGUAUCUGCCAAUCAGGGAUUGGGGUACGUCCACCGACAUUGACAACCUGGACAUAAAGUGGCAUUUACCCACGGAGAAGAGUAUCAAAGCCAUCAAAGACCUGAUGAAGAUGUUUUUUGAUCCAGAGAUAUCCAAGAUCCAGGAUUUCAUCAAGGGAGAAGAGCUGUCCAGGGAGCGGCUUCUUCAGAGCCUUACAGUCAUCCAUGAAUUCCUCACUGGUGCUGGCUUUGUUAUACCGAGGUGGAACAAACCUGUUGUAACCAAUUUAAUUGAGACGGUCAAUCAAGAGAGAGUCCCCCACCCGAUGCAAGUGGGCAUCUCGGAGUUCAGCUCGGCAUUCUCCCGCAUACGAGAAGAGAUCACGCUGGUCAUGCACGAUCUGAUGAAUCACAUGCUGGCCACCGGGGAAGACGAUACCAAAGCAUUACAGCUUGUGUGCAGGAUCCAACAUGCCUUGCUGUGGUUCACAGGAACCCAGAAGCAACGCUCUGAAACUCGCAUGAAGAGUUGGAAGAUGAUCAAGAAAGCCAUCGGAGACAAGCUACAUGGCAAGAACCGCAUGAUUCGAGCCCUCCAGAUCGACCGGGUUCAGAUACAGCACGACCAGCGGCUCAUGAAUCAACUGAGAUAUGUCAUCUACUCAGAAGUGGACCAGAUGGUCCUGCAUGACCUGACCAUGCUAUCUAUGAGCAGAUACAGUGAGGUUCGUAAGGUUGCCCAGAAUAUCCUGUUCGAGAGCAUAGAUCACCUGACCUACAGUCGCUAUGACAUCAUCCCAAGAGUUCUGGAAAACCUGCGAGAGGAUGAAAGCAUCUCGCACCACACCUUCAAGGGCGCACUGCACAUUCUCCAGGCCGGGGGCAUGGGCACGCUGGCCUGCGUCCACGACUGGGAACUCAUGCAGAAAUGCUGGACGGCCCUGGUCAAGGCCGGUCACUCAGAGAAACUGUCCAUCAUGAAGGUGAUUGACGGGAUCACGGUCAAGAUACACAAGGUGUAUGACACACUGGCAAUCAAGAACCAGGUGUCUCAGGAAUGCGUAGACGUAGCUGGCCAACUGUCACAGUCAGGCAGCCCUUCAACUGUGGUUAAAGCACCCACCCCUGAAGAAAUGGAGCAGGCCGUUGUGAGGCUAAAGAAUAACAAUGACAAGAACUUAAGCAUCUACACCAACAUGGUCACGUCUUUAGUUGAGCUGGUCGAACGAGGAAACCUACGAUGGAAGUUUUCCCAGAUGGCGACAGGCAUGUUGAAACUUAUGGUGAGGCCAGACACCCCACUCCCAACAGCCAUGGUCCGGCUUUUUACAAACUUCCUCGUUGAUGACACGCUGGCAGUGCGCAAGGUGGCUAUUGCAGUCGUUGGUGCGAUUCUGAAAGUCCUGAAGCGCCCUCACAAGGAGACCCCCCUGGACCCCUACGCGGUCUCGGGCGCCUCCCCUCCAGCCCGGUUAGCCCCAGGGGUCCGUCCAGACAACCAGUGGCACUUCUACGAUUCCUCCAAGAUGCCCAGAACUGAGACGGAGUGGGAGGCCUGUGUCUUCGUAGAGAAGACCCAUUGGGGUUACUACACAUGGCCAAAGAACAUGGUGCAAUACGCCCCUUACAGUGAACAACCUAAGCUGGACAGAUCUAGAGAUGAGCUGUCAGAGAAUGAGAAGGUUAUCUAUGACUGUUUCUCCAAUGAAGACUUUGUUGAGAAGCUGGUCCGGUUCCUGUCCUUGGAGGAUCGGAAAGGCAAAGACAAAUUCAGCGCAAAGAGAUUCAUCCUGUUCAAGGGUCUGUUUCGUAAUUUUGGCGACACCUUUCUCCCAGUCUUCAAACCCCACCUUAGCCGGCUGGCCCAGAGCAAGCAGGAGAGCGAGCAGCGAUGUCUGGCUGAGAUAGUAGCUGGGCUGAGCAGGGGUAGCAAGCACUGGGGCUUCACCAAGACGGCGCAACUCUGGGAGUUCCUGGUGCCCGUUUUGAGGACUGCCAUCUCUCUAGUGACCAUAGAAACCCGCAGCGACUGGACCACCUGCAUCUCCACCAUGUGUGAGAGUAGAGACCCACGCAAGCUGCAGUGGCUCCUGGAGGCCUUCAUGGAAUUCCCGACAUUCGUGGAAGGCGGGUCUUUCCUUGAAGCAAGUUGGUUGUUGAUACUACAAGGCAGUCUAGCCCAGCAGGAAUGGCGAAUACCUGAGCUCUUGGAUCGACUGCUAGACCAUCUGGAGAAAAAUCUGGCACACAGCUACAAGAAUGUCAGAAAUCAAAUUGGCAGCUCCUUGAGCAAUGUGUUCUUGUACGACUGUGCUCUGCCGAAUGGUUCCCCCUCAUCCCCCCGCUCGGAGGCCUUUCUGGACCGCGUCCUUCCUCAGCUGGCCCCCCUACAAGAUCUGGACCCUUUUCAGUCACUUGAGAGUGUCAACCAUGCAGUGACCUCUCUGAACGACCAAGACACAAGAGAAAAGGAGGAGGCGAUCAGAACUUGUAAAACAGUAAUGAAAUGUACCCUAAGCCGGCUCUUUGCACCAACAGCACCAGGAGUAUACAAGCUUCUUCCGUUGGUGGCACCUCUUGAGAGUUACGAAAGCGACGAGGAGCUGAGUCAACUGAGCCGAUUCUGGAUGGCUGCUAUGGCAAAGACCCUGCUCAAACCAGAAGUGGUGCCAAUAGUUCUCCACUCACUACAACAGAUUUCCCAGGGAACCUCAUGGAGAGCUAAAGUCAGCCUCCUAGCCUACCUCCAAGUCAUGGUCUACUACAACCUCUUCACUGUCAGCAGUCAAUCCGAGUCUGUAGCUACUAUACAUCAGCUGGUGUUGGAUCUCCUGAAAGACGACCGACUCGAGGUGAGAGAGAUGGCAGGUACCACCCUGAGUGGUCUGCUUCACUGUGGGGUCUUCUCCAUUGAGCCCAAGCUGCAGAGCCACUUCGAGAUCCUGUGUAAGACCAGACUGCCCACCAAGAAAGUCCGACUGCAAAGUGACUUCAACAAUGAUGAGUUUUCAGCCUCGGUGGUGCAGCGUCAUGCCGGCAUUAUCGGCCUGAGUGCCUGUGUCCAGGCCUACCCCUACGAUGUGCCAGAGUGGAUGCCAGGGGUUCUCAUGGAUCUCACGGAUCACCUACACGACCCUCAACCUAUAGAGAUGACUGUGCGCAAGACCCUCUCUGACUUCAGGAGGACCCACCACGACAACUGGCAUGAGCAUAAGCAGCAGUUUACAGAUGACCAGCUGGUUGUGCUAACCAAUCUACUAGUGUCGCCCUGUUACUAUGCUUAGAGCUUAAACCCGGUUGAGAGAUAGAUUAUGAUACAUUAAAUGGGGUAAACCAAUCUAUGAUUCUUAACGACCCUGUUUCUAUGCAGAUUAAGAGCCAUGAUGGUUGAAAGUAAUUUAUUUGAAAGAUGUUGUAACAACAGAAUUAAGGCCAAAAAAAAAAAAAUACAUCUGGUUCUGGUUUAACCUACCCUAUUUUUAUGGUCCUGACCCUAAAAUUUGUAUUUAUGCUUUCAACUGGAGGGGGGAAAUAAAAAAAAAAAUAAAACAAUUGAUACAAAGUUGUCUCAGUACUUUGAGGUCCUUAUUGGAAAGUUCAGUGAAAAAGGCAAUUAUUUUCAAUAGAGCAACCAUAAAAGUAAAUUGCUAGGAAAAAUUACAGUACAAAAUCACUUAGACUGGCAGGUGUAUUAACAAUAGGUUUAAGCUUAAAAUCAGAGCCAAGAUUGCUUGCAAGAAAUUGUCAACAACUCUAAGAACCUUAUAAGCAAUGAUCCAAGAAAACUACCAAAUCGUCUCAGUUUUUGGGUGAUGGGUGGAAUUUACUUGUUGAUUUCUGUUCAAAUAUUUUUCAAUCACUUGAUUUAUAACAAGUACACGUGCUGAUGUCCAGGUUCAUUUCAAGUUUUUUUUCUUCAGUCCAAAACAAAAUGGAAGUCUAAAACUGACCCUGGUGGAUGUAUACUCUAUACUCCAUUGAUUGUUCUUUGCUAUUGAAUGUGGUCUAUUUUGUUUCCAAAUUGCAGGGUUUGAUUUCACAGGGUUAGCUGU